CAACAUUCUCUCAACCCCAAAACCACCUCACAAAAUGGGAUCUAAUCAAGAAACAGAAUUUCCCGUGAUAGAUUUCACACAAUACCCCAGUAAUCCCUCCGAAAUAUCAUCUCAGCUCUUCGAUGCAUUCCACCAGUGGGGAUUCCUAGUCUUGAAAGGCCAUGGAAUACCAAAAGGCGAUGUGGAAGAGAUAUUUUCCUUGGUAUAUCAUUUCCAUCACAAUCGCGUAAUAGAUUCUGAUUUUCUCCAUGUACAGUCGAAAGAAUUCUUCGCUCAGCCCUUGGAAGCCAAACAAGAGAAACCAUUAAACCUCCACGGUCAAGGAUACGACUUAAAAGAAUCCAUGUCCGCCACCCCCCCUCGUAUCUCCUCAACCCAUCCUAACACAAGUCCCAGAAUCGGCGUCCACGAAGCCCUCUGCUUCGGUAACAUAACCCUCUCCCCAGACUCAAAUUUCGCCCCCUUCUGGACCCCCCAAAAGCGCCAAACAAUCGAGUCCUUCCGCUCAAAAUGCCAGUCCCUCUCCGCUCUCCUCUUCACCGCCCUCGCAACCCAAAUGCGCAUCUCCCCAUCCUUCUUCACCACUCCCCACAAUCCCCAUAAACCCCCCGGUAACGCUUUACGAUUAAUCCACUACCACCCGCUCUCCAACCCGCCAAGGAAACCUGAUGUUACACCCAGACUAUGUGAACACACCGACUGGGGAACCAUGACGUUCCUCUUCGCCACCGAGCCCGGACUCGAAGUCCAAACUCCCGAUGGGAAGAGUUGGGUCACGGCUCCGGUGGUGGAUGAUGCGAUUGUCGUGAAUAUCGCGGAUGGGUUGUGUUUGAGUACGGGGAAGACUUUGAAGAGUACCGUUCAUCGGGUCACAUGGGAUGUGGUGCCGUGGGAUAAGGAGAGGUUUAGUGUGGCGUUUUUUGUGAAUGCUAAUGCUGGUAUGUUCCUACCUCUAAUCAUUCCCCCUUAAUCUUAACAAACUUCAGACGCCCCGAUUCGGGUUCUCGAGCAGUCUGAUGCGGGGAAGUUUGUAGAGAAAGAAGGCGCUGUGAAGGCGACAUAUGGAGAUUAUCAGAAUGUAAGGAUCAAGAUGAUUGAGAAGCAUGAUAACCAUAUUUCGGACGAGGAAGUGGCGAUUGAUCCGGUGUUGUGGGAGAUGGUCAAGGGGUUGGGAGCAGGUGUGGGGGAAGACUUGGAGAAGAAUGAUGAGGAGGUAAGGAUUUGAAUUGUUUUGUUCAAGUUUGAGA